CUGUGUUGAAAAAAAAGUGUGUGGUUUUUGACUUGGACUCAAAAUGGUACAAAAGCCACCAGCAAAAAAAAGAGAGAACGUGUAGCUAGUGUAUCUGUUGGCGCUCGGACCAAAGCCUGUGUUUGAAUACACUUCGGCCUGAGACAACCGUAUAACGUUACUUGACAAUACGAGUGUGAGUGUGUGUGUACAUAUGCGGGCACUGCGGGUACAUGAACUUUACUUUUCGUCGAUGUAUUAGGCUUACAUGCUCGCGAUCGGGGUUCAUUUGAAUUUGUUCUUUCCUUCGAUUGAAUUUCUCGUCCGUGUGCCAUGGUACCGCUACAAGAAGAUCGGAUUCGCCAUUGAGAAGAAAGCAUUUCCACGAAGUGCAUUUUGGAAACGGAAUACGAACAGAUCACCAUGCAGGCGAAGCACUGUCCACAGACAUGCUACCACAAGGUUUCAAGACAGCCAAGGGACAUGAGCGACGGAGGACCAUGCGAUGCUGCAGGUGAUCUUGUUGGCCAGCUGGGCCUAAGACAACGGCAUCAGGUGCCUCCUUGUGAUUCCGGACACGUACAUCGGCCGGUGUGUUUAUGCUCGCGCAUCGCACAGGUGUCUGGAAGCCGUGCAGAGCCUGUUUGGCUAGGAGCGCCGGCAUUUUAAUUCAGGGAGGGUCCUUUGACGUAUACCACUUCUAUCGGCGCACCGAAUUUUGUGAAAAGGCCAGCGACACGUAUACAACACAUGGCGCGGCCUUCGCUCGCGACACAGCCAAAUGUGGUUGCGAAGUGACCAUCAUAUGAAAGACAAUUGGAUAGUUUGGUGACACCCUCCGUAAAUAUCGCUGCAGUUUGAAGUGUCAUAAACUUGACGGUUUUGCAUGAGUUGGUCAUCCCCAUCAAGGUUACCCAGUUAUGAACGAUGCGACAAUUUGGACGGCAUUUUGACUGUAACGACUUGUAACGACGGAUUGGACUCGUCCGUGGCCAGAAUCUUUUGAUGCCUGACAACGUGUGGUCUGCCUUCAACUCUGAGCUCGGUGUGAAGGAAUUCUGAAGGGACCCUUCGUGUUUCUUUGGAAACUAAAAAAAAGAUGGACGUACGAUGAAUAGUUUCAAUGACAGGUGAAGAUGCCCAGCUUUCGCGGCGUGUCCGUCAGCUCGCAAGUGCGUGGUCCGACUCUCGCAAUCGGCCGGUCUGCUCUCGUCUAGUAUUUAUACCCAUCCGUUGAUCGUUCCUUGUUCAGAUCGUAGACGAAGGAGCCGACGAGCUGUAUGGAAUGGUUGACUUGGAACGUCUGGCAAAGACGCAGUGGAGGUCUCCUUUGAAUAACUCUGGCCAUUGUAAGGAUCAGACGAGUUGCUGAUACUUUCUUCUCAGACUGAAAGCCACCGUCUUCAGACCACGUGGAAUCAGAUGACAGGGUAUCUCACAGAGCGCAAAUGUACAUUACGCUUUGUAUCUCACAUGCUCCAUUGACAGUACCCACACUUUUGUUGGGGUACCUCUUCGAAAGAAGCUGAAGUAGCCACAGCAGAAGCCUUUGGAAUCCGUAUCUCAUUUUGUGUGUUUUUCAACGUGCCGACGUACCGCGCAGACGCACUGCAAAACUAUUUGCACUGUUUUUUUUAACUAAGAAACGUCACAAGCGAGAUUUGUAGUCAACCUGUUGUUUCGAAGAUUUGCUUUCGUCUGCUGACUUCAGCGAGUGUCAAAGUAUCUCCAACGUCGACAAGCAUGCACGAGCACAGAAGCACUAAGGUUCUCAUCGCCUGUACGGUGUUGCUGGGUUGUUUCGGUCUCGUCACAUCUACUCCAGUGCCGCCUACGGCAGCAACGCCUUCUUCAGCCGAGCUGCCGUCGAUUGUCGCGUCUUCCCCCACCACUGAGCUCCUGGAGCCCGACGAAGCCACGGAGCUACAGAGCACGUUGCCACCGGCAACCGUCCAAGACUACGACGCAAAGAAAUUUCUCCAAAACUAUGGAUACAUGCCGAUCUAUAAUCCUGCAAAGGGAAAGUGGGAGUUCUUAGAUAGAUCAAAGACAUCCUGGCAAGACAGUCGGGCCGUCACGGCGGCACCGUCCGGAAAAAGUGCUGAGACCAUGGACUCAGGGGAGAAGUCUUCCCCAAAGACGGCCAGUAAGAACGAUUCCCUUGCCCAGGAAGAGCGGGUCAAGUUCGAGCAGGCCAUCGAGAACUUCCAGCGGAGAUACAAGCUGGACGUGACGGGCUCUAUCGACGAGAAGACGCUGCGCUUCAUGCAGCAGCCCCGGUGCGGCGUUCCCGACUACGCGAGUAAGUUCGACGUCAAGACCGACCCGAAGGCUACAACGAAGGGCGGGGCGGCAGAGACCACGGGGAAGCUGGACAUGUCGGUUGGCGGUAAGGGCACCGCCAGCACAGCCGUCAACAACGACAGCGGCGUGAUCGAUACGACACUCCUGAGCAAAUCAACGGGGUCCGUCACGGGCGUUGGGUCGACUGUCUCUUCGCCCGUUGCCAAAGGGGCGAUCAGGACUCAGGCCACGCUGAAAGGUGGGGCGUCAAAGGCUUCGGAACCCAUAUCCAUUUCCGAUCUGCUCCAACAAACACUUCGGCCGAAUCCGAGCGUGGGCGAAGCCGUUUCGGAAGGCCCUCAAAGACCGGGCGCCCCUAAAACAAAGGAGCCGAUCUCAGAAGUCGUCACUGACUCAGUGACCGCGGUAGACGAAGAACUUGCGACGACAACCCGUCCAGCCCGUGCCGUCACGACGCUCACAACAGCUACGACGCCACAUCUAAGCAAAUCUGACCUCCCUCGCAGCAAAAGAAGUACCGGCGACGUCGGUAACCCGGCCGCCAAGGUGCGGACCAAGAGACUGUCUUACUAUGACACCAACAGUAGUACCAGUAGCACCGCUAUCACUUCAUCCCGUAUAAGCUGGAAGAUCGAUUCCAACUAUUACUCGCGGCACUUCUCAGCGGACGAUUUGAGGAGCCAGCUGAACCAAGCCUUUCGGAGGUGGGCCGAGGUGUUACCGGUGACAUUCGUCGAGAUGCCGUUGGGAGAUCUCCUGCAUGUUAACAUUCACAUUUCAUUCUUAAAUUCACUCAACAGCGGUGACUUCACGUUCCAGUUCGCGAGCGGAGAGUUGGCGCGAACCACACGAACAGCCACCAACGAGGCCAUCCACUUCAAUGACGACGUCCAGUGGACGUACAAUUCCCAUCAGGGCAAGAACCUGAUCAAAGUAGCCGUGCACGAGAUCGGUCACGUGCUGGGCCUGUUCCACAGCGACAUCGAGCAGUCCAUCAUGUACCCCGUCUACAUCCCCUUCGAAAGCACCGAUUCCAACUUCAGGGUAUCCAUCGACAACGAGAGCCUGACAAGAGCCCAGGCCAUUCACGGUGUUUGUGCGGGCUCCUUUGACACCAUCCUGGACUGGGUGCGCUGGGUGGGUAACAGGAAAAAGUACAACUCUCUCUUUUUCCGGGGUGACGCCCUGUGGGUCUACGAGAACACCAACAACCGGGUGAAGACGGGCGACCCCCGCACCGUGCACGACAUGUGGGCCUCCAACGUGCCCACCCACCUCGACGCCACCCUACAGAUUCUGUCCCGAUCCAGUUCCUCCGACGACCUGUACUUCUUCAAAGGCAACAAGUACUACCAAAUCAAUAGUGCCACUCGUGCCGUGAUGGCCAAUCCGGACGGCACUUUCGGCAGGUCGAUCGCCCAGGGUUGGCCGGCCAAGCCGGGCUUCCCUCGUAUCCCAGACAACAUCGACACGGCCUACUACGACAAGAGAGACGGCAACGUCUACUUCUUCAAGGGCAAUCAGGUGUAUGCCUACGAUAUGCAAGCCGAUGGCUGUUGUCUGGACAACUACCCGAUGCCCAUCAGCACCGCCUAUCCCUACCGGUACAACAUGACCAGCGGUCUGCCCGGGGACAUUGACGCUGCCUACUACUCCAUACACAGUCGGAAAUUGUUCUUCUUCAAAGGGGACGUCUAUUGGGAGAAUGAGACUUACAACCCCGGCCUAAGUACGGUGGUAAACAAGGUGGGACCUGGCCAACAAUGGAACCAGCGAUGGAACAAUAUCUGUGACGUGUAGUAAAAAAAAAA